AUGCUCUAUGGCCUUGCUGUGCCACCCGUUGACUUGGAAUGGCAUAUCGACACUCUUCGUCCGGUCCCGUCGGGCUGUCUAUGCCGCCGCUCUAGCAACCAGGUAUGUCGUAAAAUUCAUGCCAGAACAACAGAAUAAAUGAUUCAUUAUAAAAUGCGACAAGGACGAUAUUCUAGGACUCAUUAACAUACCUCAGUUUUAAAGCAGUGCAACUUGAACGCUUAACUCUCUAUAGCCUUCAACUUUAAAUUUAGACUCAAUUACAAUCACAUCAACGAAAACCAACUCUAAGAUGGCCCCCGUCAACAAAGCUGUAUUUAUCACUGAGCCCAAAGCUUACCCGCUGAAGGUUGAAUCAACUCCGUAUCCAACUGCUGGCGAUGGCGAGAUCGUUAUCAAGGUCGCUGCCGCCGCCUUCAACCCCGUGGAUUGGUUCAUCCAGAUCAUGGGAAAAGAUCUGUUUGACUGGCUUCAAUACCCAUUUGUUGGGGGGAACGACAUGGCCGGCACAGUAGUGGAGGUUGGUCCCAACGCCAGCAAAUUUAAGAUCGGCGAUCGCGUGCUUGGGCUUGCAGGUGGCUUCGAAGCUCGAUUCGGCGCUUUCCAGCAUUACGCCACCCUCAAUAUCAAGACCGUCACGCCCAUCCCAGCCGACUUAGACUUUACCGAAGCUGCUGUUGUGCCUCUCGGAUUAGCCACGGCGGCAUGUGCCCUCUACCAGAAAGAUUUCCUAGCACUCGACCCUCCGAGCCUCAGUCCGAAGCCAAACGGCAAGACACUGCUUAUCUGGGCGGGUGCCUCGAGCGUCGGAACCAACGCCAUCCAAUUAGCCGUGGCUUCCGGCUACGAGGUAUACACGACCUCGUCGCCUAAGAACUUCGACUACUGCAAGCAACUCGGCGCUGCGCGUGUCUUCGAUUACCACAGCCCGACCAUUACCGAAGACCUCAUAGAAGCCUUCAAAGGCAAGACAUGCGCCGGCGGGGUUGUCGUCCAUCGAGGCUCGGACAAGAUCGUGUUCGAAGUAGUCAGGAAAAGUGAAGGCGACAAAUUCGUAGCGUGCGCAUCGCCGCCCGGUGACAUUCCAGAGGGCAUCCAGGCCAAGAUGGUGUUUGCGGGCACGCUCAGGGACAACGAGGUCGGGUCUCUAAUUUUCGACAAAUUCCUCCCCGAAGCUCUAUCCCAGAAGAAGUACCGAUGCCUUCCAAAGCCGUUGAUUGUUGGUCAUGGUCUAGAGCAUGUUCAAGCUGCGUUUGACCAGGGAAAAGCUGGUGGCGUAUCCGCUCAGAAGCUAGUUGUUACGCUAUGAGGGGGGAAAGUUCGCUAAGGGAAGGCCCAAGCGCCCUGGCGGACCCCCUAAACCCGCUGAAAGGGGCACCUAGUAGCGCCGGCCGCUUUCUGCUGUAGACUAAGGAGAUUUUUGAUUAAUAUAGAAAAUUCACUCAA